GUGUGACCAGCCAGGGACUGAGUGAGAGGGGGCAGGGCUCAGUUCUCACUUGAUAACCUGGUAGUUUUAUUGAAGUUACAGACACAUCUCCCUCAGUUUAUCAGCGCAGGCCAAUCACGGCCACAGCUACCAGCCAUCAGAACAGCAGAGGAGAUCCAGAGGAAGAGGCUGUGGGAACAAACAAUGGACUGAAUUAAGAAGAAUCCAGCACCACAUCCAGCCCAGAGUGAGCCACUGUAUGACCAGCCUUUGAAGGACCAUUGGUAACCAUGGAGAAAGAGACCUCGAACGGGCCAACCCAGCCUAAAGAGAAGCUGAAUUUGAGCUCAUGCAUGAGCGGGAGCUACCGCUAUGGCUCCAUAGCCAGCGAGCCUGAAGACAACAUCUUAUCCUCUGCAGAAAGCGACGUCAUCGCCCCUAAACGGGCCUAUAUAGCUGUGGCUGUGCUCUGUUAUGUGAAUCUGCUCAACUAUAUGGACCGCUACACAAUCGCAGGAGUUCUGCCCAGCAUCCAGAAAUACUUUGUCAUCAGUGACAGCACAUCUGGUCUACUACAGACAGUUUUCAUCUGCAGUUUCAUGCUGCUGGCACCAGUCUUCGGCUACCUUGGUGACCGCUACAACAGGAAGCUGAUCAUGGUGUUUGGGAUGAUUGCGUGGAUUGUCACAACACUGUGCAGCUCUUUCGUCACAGAAACGUACUUCUGGGUGCUGGUCCUGUUGCGAGCGUUGGUUGGGACUGGAGAGGCCAGUUACGUCACCAUUGCUCCUACUAUCAUUGGAGACCUGUUCACGGGCACCAAAAGAACACUCAUGAUCUCCUUCUUCUACAUCUUUAUCCCCGUGGGAAGUGGUCUUGGCUACAUCCUGGCAGCCAAAAUUGCAAGUGCUACAGGGGACUGGCGUUGGGCCCUCAGGCUCAACCCCAUCCUGGGUGGACCAGGCCUGGUGCUGCUGGUGUUCCUGAUCCCCAACCCACCUCGAGGAGCAUCUGAAAACCAAGGGACAACAUGCAUUGAAAGCACAACUUACUGGGAGGAUGUCAAGUAUCUCCUCAGAAACCGAAGCUUCGUCUGGUCUUCUUUAGGAGUGACCGCCAUGGCUUUCGUCACAGGGGCAUUGGCCUUUUGGACACCUACCUUCCUUUCCCGUGCACGUGUCCUACAGGGCCUCACUCCUGCCUGCUCUAAAGAACCCUGUGACCCUUCUGACAGUUACAUUUUUGGGGCGAUCACAGUGGGAACGGGCAUCGUGGGGGUUCUCAUCGGCAGCUAUAUAUCCAGGAAGCUCAGAAACAGAGUGGCCAACGCUGACCCGCUCAUCUGCGCUGUGGGCAUGCUCAGCUCUUCACCUUGCUUGUUCAUCGCCAUUGUUCUGGCGGCCACCAGCAUUCCAGGCACAUACGCAUGCAUUGGUAUUGGAGAGACUCUGCUUUCACUAAACUGGGCCAUUCUUGCUGACAUCCUACUGUAUGUUGUUGUACCAACAAGAAGGGCAACAGCUGAGGCCUUGCAAAUUAUGGUGUGUCAUCUCCUGGGUGAUGCAGGAAGUCCGUAUCUCCUUGGCGCUAUUUCCGAUGCUCUGAGUAAGUUUAAGCCUGACUCUCCUGACUGGAGGUUCCGCAGUCUGGAGUACAGCGUUCUCGUCUGCCCCUUCGUUGGCGUUCUGGGAGGACUCUUCUUCCUCUUGACUGCCCUCUAUAUCAAAGCAGACAGGAAGGCCGUAGAGAUGCUGAUGAGAGGAGAGACCCCAGUCCAAAAUGAAUCCCCCGCUGAUUCGACCUGACACAGCAAGCACACACACAGUUCAGCAGAUUGAUACGACAAGGGAGUGUUUUAAGCUCCAGGCCUGUGUAGGCUUACAUUCAGGUGCACUUAACAGCAUUAUAGUUUUAAAGUUUAGGCCUUUUUUAUAUGAUAGAUUUUUUUAUUUUAUUUUAAUUUAAAGUUUUAAACUAUUCACACUUUAUUUGUGUGAUUUAUCUGCUUAUGACCAUCAAUUACACACAAACCAGCCUGUCACAUCCGGAGAAGUAGUCACAUGAUUUGCAUUCCACAAGCAAACGACCACUUUUUGAUGUUUACCAUGUUCAAUAAUUACAGCAGAAUUGCUCUGACCGAAGUCCAGUUCUCUAAAACAUGCGGGGAUGUGCUAUACAGUCUCAGAGUCUUUCUAUACAUAGUUUUUGUUUUUUUAUACUUAAUUUCAUUUUUGCCAGAUUAAAAUGAAUGUGUCAUAUGUGUAAUUUCAAUUUUACCACAUUUUCAAUAAACUUUUAUUACAAAA